GCACCGGAACCAGCUCCUGGCACUGGGAACCAGCUCCUGGCACCGGGAACCAGCUGCGGGUACCGGGAACCAGCUCCCGCUACUGGGAACCAGCUCCCGGUACUGGGAACCAGCUCAUUUCUGGCGGACUCGGAUGCAGGGCAGCCGCACUGAUAAUCUGGAUUUCCAGCCCUUGGUGAGGACCCCCCGGGUGAGGACCCCCCAGCUCUGCAUGGAUUGGAAUGGGGACACCCACCUGCUGUAAGAGCCCGGGGCAGCUGGACAACCCUGGCUUCUUCUUCCUCCGAGCUCUCUUCCUCCUCCUCUCCUGCAGGCAUGUCUCUUCCCAGUGCAAGAUCCUGCGCUGCAACUCGGAGUACGUGGCCGCCACGCUCAACCUGCGCGGCGGCGGCAGGAACGGCGCGGUCUGCGACGCGCUGCGCUCCUACUCGCGCUGCACCCGCAGGACGGCCCGCACGUGCCGGGGAGACCUGGCCUACCACUCCGCCGUGCACGGCAUCGAGGACCUCAUGAUCCAGAACAACUGCUCCAAGGACGGCCCCACGUCCCCGCCGCGCCCGCCGGCCCCCGACCACCAGGGCUUCGAGUCGCUCGACGUGUGCGACUACGAGAAGAGUUUCCUCUACAAGCACGGGCAGCCCCCCAGCUACCAGCACUGCGCGGCUUUCGGGGACCCCCACAUCCGCACCUUCCACCACGACUUCCACACCUGCCGGGUGGAGGGCUCCUGGCCACUCCUGGACAAUGACUACCUGUUCGUGCAAGCCACCAGCUCGCCGGUGGCGAAGGGCUCCAACGCGACGGUCACCAGCAAGCUCACCAUCAUCUUCAAGAACAUGAAGGAAUGCAUCGACCAGAAGGUCUACCAGGCCGAGAUCGACAACCUGCCGGCGGCUUUCGAGGACGGCUCGGUGAACGGGGGCGAGCGGCCGGGCGGCAGCAGCCUGGCCAUCCGGGAGCGCAGCCCCGGGCGGCACGUGGAGAUCCGCGCCGACUACAUCGGCACCACCAUCGCCGUGCGCCAGGCCGGCCGCCAGCUCUCCUUCGCCAUCCGCGCGGCCGAGGAGGUGGCGCGGGCCUUCACGGCGGAGCAGGACCUGCAGCUGUGCGUGGGCGGGUGCCCGCGGAGCCAGCGCCUGUCCCGCAGCCCGCGCGGCCGCCUGCCCGCCGAGACGGCGCGGGCGCUCUGCAAGGAGCUGCUGCCCGUGGAGGACGUCUACUUCCAGUCCUGCGUCUUCGACGUGGUCACCUCGGGCGACGCCAACUUCACCAUGGCGGCCCACGGCGCCCUGGAAGACGCCCGCGUUUUCCUUCCCGACGCGGAGAAGCUGCACAUCUUCCAGGCCGGGGCGAGCUGCCCGCGCGGCUCCGCGUCCUUCCUCCUCCUCCUCCUCGCCUCUGCUUUGUGGGUUGGUCUGUAGCACUUUUGAGUCUCGCCGCGUCGGAAGAAGGAACCGCAGACCUCAGGAGGCGGGGGAUGAGGGACCCCCGUGCGCUGCCCUCGCGCAGGCGGCUCCGACCGGACCCGCUUCCUCUCCCAAAGGCAGAUCGCUGCUUUUUCCAGUGGAUUCUGAUGCUUUUCCUCUUCCCCAGAAUCAUCAAAUCAUCAAAUCCCAGGUUGGAAGGGACCUCGAGGAUCAUCUGGUCCAACUUGUCUUGGCACAACACGGUCUGGACAAGCCGACCCUGUCCAAACGAACCCCAAACGCGCCCAACGUUGGGGAUUCCGCCGCUCCCUGAGGAAAUUACCCCAACGCUGAUUGUUCUCAUUGUGAACAACCUUCUUCUCCCCCAGGAACCCGAUGAGGACGUGGCAGCUGGUUUAAUAAAGAGAGAAACGUGGGGCGAAGAGGCGUUCCGAAAACCCCGCUGCCCCCGAGGCCUCUCCAGGAACUCACUUCACACCUUUUCGCUGUUACCGUAGCCGGUUUUGCUCAGGGCACCCACGGGUUCCGCAGGAACAGCCUCCAAACCCAGAUCUCCAGUUUGAGCACUUAAAAACCACAUUGUUUGGUGGAUUUUGGGGCCCUCAACGCAGCUGCUUCCACAGUCCCACGACGAAAAAAAAGGCAAUCAGUCUGGUUUUGGGGCAUCGUGAGCACGGGUUGGGAUCUCAGGGCUGCAAACCCACCGUCUCGUGCUGUAUUCUUCGUUUCUGGAUGAAUGACGUGCUGGUUUGCAGCGCCGGAGCCGCGGAGCGUUGAGCUCCCGGCACCUCGGGCUCCGCUUGGUGUCCUGGCACCCGUCUGGUUGGUUUGGUGUCCUGGCACCCGUCUGGGACCCAAUCCAGCCAGGUCUGGGCUGGGACCAGUGCUGAGUCCCAGCGAGGGAAGGUCCCCUGGGGCCACCGCGGCUCUGUCCCCGCACAAGCGCCCCCAGAGCCAGCGGGGCCGCGGGAUUCCCUCGUGAAAACAGAGUUAAUAGUGAAAAACACACAACAAAAGACGGCAUCGAUGGGCAGGGAACAACGAGCACAUGUACAGAGCUAUAGAGGUGAAGCCAAACGAGGCGUUUAAUAUAUUUAAGAGGCUUUAAGUAAAGCGGAUAGAGUUCUAUAGAGAGUUCUAUAUGAUCAGAGAUAUUUUCUGUAUGGGUUUUUUAAAUAAAGAGGACUUACAUUCGGUG